AUGGCUCCUGUCACCAUCCCUACCAAGUUCACUGUCGCCAACCACAACCAGAACGAUUUCAAGGGCUCGGCAGACCUUCCGUUCAGCCCGCAGAUCGCGACCUCGGAGCGCGAGUACAUCGGCGGCGAGCUGCAGGGCAAGGUGACGACAGUCUACACCAUGUUCAAGUACUCGAACCACGCGAACAAGGACGACGGGUCGUUCAUCGGCAUCCAGAUCUUCACCGGCACCCUCCAGGGCAAGAAGGGGUCGUUCGCGUCGCACAUUACCGGCACCAAGGUCGACGGUGUCGUCACGUCCAAGUUCACUAUCGUGCCCGAGAGCUCGACCGACGAGCUCAAGGGCAUCAAGGGCCACGGGUCGUACGCUAUCGCUGAUGCGAACGCCCUCGCUGCCAGGGCCAAGGCCGAGCCCGACUUCAAGAUCGUCGUUCACGGCGAGCUCACCUUUGAGCUUUGA